AUGAUGAAAGAACCUGAGAAAAUCAUGAAAAAGAAUAUCUUAAAUGGACAAAUUAAAUACUAAGUUAAAUGGAAGGGCUUUGAAGAAACCACAUGGGAAUCUGAUGAAACUAUGAAGAAAUACAAAGAACUCAUUGAAGAUUAUAACUAUUUCUCCUUGACUGGUGAAAGAUAUGAUGAAAAAAAACUAGAAGAAAUCAGAUAAUUGACUGUUCAAUCACAACCCAGAACUGCUAUCAAAAGAGUAGCAAUGCCCAAAUUAAUGCCUCCAACUGAAUCAAACAAAAAAGAAAAAAAAAUAGAUAAAAUUGAUAGCAAACAUAUAGAAAUAAUAGACAAUCCUAAAAAUGAUUAACAAUAAGAUAAAAUAAAUAUCAUUUAGCCUUCCAAUACUACAAACAAUCUCCCUGAAACACCUAAGUAAUUUUAAUAUCUAAAUUUAAGAAAAGCACCAGAAAAAUUAGCUAAUUCCAAUGACAAAUUAGAAAUAGUAAAAUUGCAAUCCAAUGAUAAUAAAGGCCUGUUUUCUCUUAUUUGGAAACAAAGAUCGGAUGGCAUUCAGCCUUAUUGUGAUGAAUACUCCUAUGAGGAUUUCAAGACUUAGGCUCCCUUAUUUUUUAUACAAUUUUUUGAAACAUGUAUUUUCGAAUGUCAAAGUUAAAAUGAUGUUAAGUAAUUAUUCAAUUAUAUUUAGAUUCGAAAUACAAGGCUAAGAUAUGGCUGAAAGAAUUAAAGUGAUUAAAGAUAUUCUGGAACAAAAUGAUUAGGAUAAAAAGAUUAGCCAAAUCUAAAAAUGA